AUGGAGCAUCUCGAAUGGCUUCGUACAGCUAUCAGCAUCGAUUUCAACAAUAUUUUCAAAGGCCUUCGUGGCCAGAUCAACAUUCUUUAUCAAGAGACAGCCUCACUUCUCCAGCAGCGACAAGAUAUCAAUUCCCUCGCCAUUUAUAUCGCUAACAUCGAGCGCAAACUCGACGAAGCUCACGUCUACGAUUGGCCAGACGUCGCUAAGAUCUCCGCCUCUGGCAAAGGUCUCAAUUCUACCCUUCGCAAUCAACUCAAUCAGCAGUUUAACCUCCCGCGUGUGUAUCCUGAAUUCCGUCGAAUGGUGCAGCAGCAGCUCGACGUAUACCGCUCAGAAGCUUAG